UUUCUAAACAAUUUUAAUUUGUAAACAUCAACAAUACUAACGUGAGAAAAGUAUUGUCCAAUAAGUAAGGACUUGCGCUCUAAAUUGGUAAUAAAUUGCAGGUAAGUUUACAAAGAAAGAAACUUUAUAAAAAUUCAAGUCAUUGUUAAAAGAAACGUUUGUGGAAGCACAUCAAAAGCAACCAAACAGCGGGAGCCUACGUGGAGGUCUGCCAAAAAAGGUAUAUGUAUUAGGAAGACCUGAGACAUUUUUUUCGGCCAAAAUACAACUAAAAAAGUAAUAAAUUGACAAAAAUUGGUGAAAAUAAACAAAAUUCUUUGUGUUCCAUGGAAGAAUUUAAAACUAUAACACCUACCACAUCGGUAGUGAAGAUAUCAUCAUGCUUGGAAAAAAUAUUUAAGAAAAUCGUUGAAAGCCGUGAAAAGAAAGUAGCCGAGCAUAAUAUAAAGGAAAUUGAAUUUUUAAAAUCACAAUGCAAGGCAGAAAAUGUACAAUUGGGUCUCAUGAGUUGCCAAACAUUUGUGCGUUUGGUUGAGCAAGGCACCCUGGAGCCCGCAAGUGUUUUAACAAUGCUAAUAUCCAUGUUGCCAAAUUCCAAUCCCGUUCAAUAUACCACAAUAACUGAAGGCAUUGUCAGUAUGUUGCUGUUAAGUUUAAAAAGAAAGGCAGCUUCUUUAAAGGAUAAUGAAAAAUUUCAAUCGCAUUUUGGUCUUAAGACCCAACAACAUCCCAUGAUAACGUUGCUGCAAAACUCCGUAGUCAACAUGAAUGAUGUAGCGAAUAAAAUGAAUGGCAUUUGUAAUCAUCAUGAUAAACAAAUUAAAGAUUACAGCAUUGAAUAUCUUAGACCCGUUUAUCUUUAUAUACUUUGUAAUCCUCAAACCUUACCCGACUCUAAAACAAUAUGGACCGGUCUUUUAACAUUAAGUAAACAAAACAAAGAAGCCAAGGAGUUGAUGCAGGAGAUUUUAUCGUGGAGUAAAAUCACCACCUCACAAAAUUGUCUUUUUACCAGCACUUUGCUUAUUGAGGCGAUAGAACAUUUUCUGAAUCAAAAGGAUUUUAAACAAUCGAUCGAGUUGACCAUUUUUCAAAUACUGGUCAUCAAUCAUUUGGUGAAAUUUGGCAUAGAUCCUCGUCCAAGUUUACAUUGUAUUUUAAGAGUUUUACACUCGACAAAAGAACAUAAUAAAAGUCAUUACAAUGUCAUGUUGAUACUUUUGUCCGAAAGUCUACAUUUAUUAACGCCCAGCUAUUUACCAGAUCUCAUGCGUAUCUUAUCGUUCAUAGUGGUUCAGGAAAACUGUGGGCAUCAAUACAUUCUGAACAUGUGUCUUGAUGGUAUCAUCCAGUGGAUGUCUCAGACUGCAUUUAUACCUGCAGAUGGUCUGGCCAUAGCCCAUCAAAUUGUACGUAAAAUACUAGAUGUCGUUAAGGGCACGGUAAAGACCAAUACAACUCAUACGAAAGAUUUCGAACCAGUUGGUUUACGUAACUUACAUCCCGAUAUAGCUUUAGCCUUUGAUUUGGCUAAAUUAGUGGAAUCAUUUGAUGAUUCCGAGGUAAAGGAUGUUUAUACAUUUGUCGACAUACUUAAUGUUAAGGCCAACACUAUGUUUUGUCAACGUUUAAAUUUAUUCCUAAGAGCACUGUUUCUAUCACGAGAACCUUCGGUCGACUGUUGGUUUAAAAUCUAUGAAGUCAUAUUGGAUAUAAUUAAAGUUAAUAAUAAUAUUGCUUAUGAUUUUCUAAUGACAUACAUCUUCAAAUUGGCUGGUGAACACAAUCCUGAGUUACAAAUGGAGUUACUCAGAGGUUUGCCGAACUUUGGGGUAUCAAAAGAUAACAUACCCAUGAUAUUAAAUACUAUACGUAAUUUAUGUGCUGAUAAUACAACCUUUUGCAUGGAUUUAUAUUUACGUUUGUGGCGGAUUGAAUCCCGUACGUAUCCAUUUCUAAUUAAACUGUUAUCACUGCCCUUUAAAGAAGGCACCACCAAAAAGUGGGAAUUUGAAAUUGCAAAAACAUAUACCAUACGUGAGAUAUGCUAUGAAAAGCCAACACAACAUGGCUCCGAUUUGGUAUCACAUCUUUCUGAUACUCUCAACACGUGUACUGAUGAAGCUGGCGACUUGGCAACAUCAUUAGCUCUGGACGCUAUUGUUGCACUGUGCGACAGUCAUACAGUGAAUAUAACAUCAACAUGGCGAGUUUUAAGCAAUAAGUUUCGUCACGAAAAACGUCCACGUGCUUUAAAAUCCCUAUACCGAUUUUUUGCUCAUGUCCCUCUGCUACAAACACCCACCCUGGAAUUUGAGCAGUUGGUAGAUGAAGCUUUAGAUCAACUAUGGACGACCAUAAGUCGUUCGGAUAUGGAUGCCGAAAUGACACGAGAAGCUUUGUCAGCCCUCAAACACUAUGAAAUUGGGACGAUAUUGACUUUGAAACAUAUACCACCACAAUUUAGACAAGAUUUACAUGUGGCCAGGGAAUACACUGGACCAGAUGGCCGUGAAGUGGUGGACUUACAGCAGGAAAUGAUACCGGGAGAGGUAUGGGUUCAAUUGCUGCAAAAGAUACGACCGGAAUGCGGUUCGGCAGCCGCUGAUUUAAUAUCACACUUUAUAUAUGCCGAAAUAAAUGGUUUUCGCGGGGGACUUUAUCGUUUACCCGAGGGCAGACCGGAACCCCGCAAACUACAGGGCCUUUAUCCACAAAGUCCUUUAAGGGCUGUGAUAAGUUAUCUAGUGAAUCAAUCACGCUAUGGAGAUCAUGUGACAGAACCAAUAGCCGUAACGAAUGCCUUACGUGCCAUAUCGAAGAAAUUCCCGAAACCUAUACCACCUUUAGAUUGGAGUUUCCUGCAUAGUUUUUUCCACUUAUCUUUCGAUACCAGAAAAUACUGUAUUUUAAUAGCCAAAAAUCAAUUGUUGCAUUCUGGAACUGCACGUCGUUUGUUGGAGAAUUUUCUGGCGGAAUUCGAACCGAAUUGUUUUGAAGAAGAUUUACUGUUACUUUUCUCCAUUCUCCCCGAAAUAUCGAAUGGUGUUAGCUUGACCAUAAUGAAAACGUUUGCUGAAAAGGUGGCGGUAUAUUGUUUCAAAGAAUCUCAAUUGGCUGGCUUUAAUGAGGGUUGCUUGUUUGAGAAAUUUAUGGACAGUGUCAAGUACAUAUUCACGGGGAAAUGUGAAGUACCGGAAGUUUUGGAUAUUUUUACUCUAAUCGUAGAACGUUAUAUGGAUUCUAUGGAUGUUGAUUCGCGUUUAUUUGAACGUUACACAGAAGUUGUGGCUGUAUUACCACAAAAUGCCAUAGAGGGUUUAACAACGCCGGCUAAUUGGUGGGAAACGCCCAUAGGAAAAUUAAAAAAAGCCACCAUUAUCAGAUCAUAUUUGGUGCUGUACAAUACCCAAUUGAACAAUCCACUAAAAUGGUUCAAUCCCAUUAUAGAUGCCUAUGCCACACGAAAAGAGGAACAUUUAUAUUUCUUUAGACACUUAUCUUCCACCUUGUAUGCCUUUAAUAAUGACGAACAAUCUUGUAAUUGGAUUAUGGAAAUGUUUAUACAAAUACAGGCUCUAUUGGCCGAAUCAUCAAAUAAGGAGAAAUUAGAGAAAGUAUUGUAUCUGUUGGACAUAUUCAUAUUGUCAGUGGAUGUUUUAUCUGGUUGUGCGGUGUUGUUGGGAAACUUGGAUACAGUGGCAACACAACGUUCGGAAAGAAAUCAAAUAUUUCCCGAAAGUUUACAAUUUCUGUGUGACCAUGUAUUUUGGAAAGAUCAAGAGUCUAAGAUCUACGAGUUCCUUUAUAAUCUUUAUAAAAAUAAUGCCAUACCCGAUGAGUAUUGCCGCAUUUUCAAAGAUUCCAUUGUCUGUUCCCGUAAUAAGCCUUAUUUUGAUUCAAAAGGAAUUUGGACGAAAUAUGUCGGCAUGCGCAAAUAAAACUGUAGCCGCUUUUAAUAUUUUUCCGAUUUUAAUUUAAGAAAGUGUUUGGUUUUGUGAAUUUUAUUAUGUGCACCUUUAAGGAAACUGCCAUUUUUAUUAUAUUUUAGUUUAUCUACGCUUGUAAGUUUUUGUAAUAACUUCAAAGUAGAAUAAAUAAGCAAAUGUUUUAUAAUGAUUUAAUAAACACAUUUUUGAAAUUGAGCAAAGUUCCAAAAGGAAA